CAAACAACCACCUCCGAAGUGGCAACUUGUUCAAGACUCUUCUAUGACCCGAUAUUUGAAUCGUUGUGAAUCAAGUCCUGGCUCUUCACUGUAAUGCUCCUUCCUCUCACAUUCCAGGCCUAUGCGAGCAUUCAGGAUGCUAGCGGCCCUUCAAUAAACCUCAUUGAGUCUGACUUUAACUCGGAACAGACAACUUCAUUCGUAUCCUGGAGAGCCGAGAAUGGUUGGGAUCGUAUUGCUGUCGGAAGCUCCAAGGGCUCCAUUAACGUCUUCAGCUUCCACCCUAUCAACACUCCAAAUUCGGACUCCCGUCUAAGACUUGCUAUCACACCACCUCCUGAGCACAAUGUACCCACCGCUCAGUCUCCAUCCCCUUCACACUCUCGUCGGCACUCUCGAUCACUCCAGUCACCUUCGUCGUUAUCAUUUAAUCAAGUUCUUAUCAAUGUAUCCGCCAGAGCUCGAGUGGUUUCUGGCGUAUCACACGAACAGGUAGAAGCCCCAAAGAAUUACGUUGACUUCGAAGACGAACCCGGACGGUUGAAAGACAUACUCAAGAGCAACAGCAAGCACAAGCGCACUCUUGCAGAUUCAAUCCUUCCUAGCUUUGAUAGAGGAGUGGUAAUAGAGCAGUCACCUGCUCCAGCCUCUCCAACGCCUCUGUGCACUUUGCCGAACUCGCCUUCGGGAGCUUCUAGUACGAGCAAAAGUAAGGAUGAUCUCAGAUCGCUGCUUUCAGCGACAAAUUCCCCUACGUUUCCCCCGAAAUCAUCUUCGGCACCGCCCUCCCCUCGUCCACUAUCACCCUUCGAUGGCUCACCGCCUCGCGGAACAGUUAAAGCAAGCAUCAUCCUUGACCCCUGCGGACCUAGGCAUGCAGUAUCUGCCAUGCGGUAUGUAGAGACAGUCAACUUAUUGGUGGUCCUUCAAGAAUCAGGCAAUCUAUCUGCCUUUGACAUGAGGGACAGCACGUGUGUAGCAACAUGUCAAUGUACGACCACAAGAUUAUAUCAGGAUCAGUUCUGGAAAUGGGAGACGAUUCGGAUGGUGCCCGGGUGGGACCAAACAUACCUCAUUCUGGCAUGUGCAUCACCUUCGCAGCCUCCUUUUGCAGAAACAUUUGGCCUUGCAGAUGAACCUCGUGAUUUCAGAGCGCGUCUGAACUUGUUUGAGCUUUCUGUUGGGGACCCACAUGGUGUACAUCCAACAAGAUUAGAGAUGCUCGCCUCCGAUGUAUGGCAAGUCGAUGGGCCAGCCGCUGGAGUAGAUUUACUUAGGAAUGAUGCCGACGGUUCAUCUCAGCUAGUGUACAUUAACUCAACAAACUGCCUUGUCACUCGGUGUUUGACUAUCAUCCCCGCAUAUGAAAUACGAACUCGCGGACUGUCCUUCACCUCUUCUUCGGCUCAUUCUCAAGAAGAUAAUACGUUAUUGGCGAUCCCAAACCCGUUCAAAGUGUUUGGUAGCAAAAGUGUCGAGAGUGUUGCUCUCCCAGGUCAAAAUCAUAAUUCUGGAGUAGAGCAGGAGAAUAUCUCUCCCACAAUCGCGACAUGUAAUCUUGGGCGAGUCCAGCUAGAGAAAGAAGAAUCCCAUGGUACCGUGAUCUCAUCUUCAGAGUUUUUGGUUGAAGGCAUUACUGCCCGUUAUGAUGGUUUGAAUGAGAGGAUUAUAGGUCUCGUGUGGUCGAAUACGGAUAUCACGGGAUUCACUGCAGGAGAGCAAGAAGGAUCUCUUACAACUUUCGCCAUUCCUUUCAGAAGCCGGGGUAAGGUUCAAGGUGUCCAUUUCAUGAAUGACGAAGCAUUUGUGGUGCUUAGUGACACAAUCUCUUACUACAGUUUGCAGUGUGUUGAUGCCGAUAAUGACACUACAACUACUUUUUCUGGAACGUCGAUAAGUACUCAAGCAAUUCAAACGAUGACUAUUUCUAGCGGCCCUUCAUCGGUGCUAUCGUGGUCAAGAUCCUCCCCUUACGAUGUCUUUGCACUCAGGCAGCUUCGAUCAGGGAAGGAGAUCUUGGUCCAUACUAUUAAUUCCAGGCAGGAUGUAUCGACCAAGCCCCAGCACCGGAUACUGUGGAAAGUACAGAGUCCGUUUAGUGGUACCAUCCCAGGAGAAGCAAGAUUGACAUCUGUUCUGCCCGUGGAACUCAACUUUAUCUUGCUGGGUUACAGUGAUGGCCACAUUCGACGAACUUCAUUACCGUGCCUUUUGCGGCGAAGGCACCAAGCACAAUCUGCGUCUCUCUCCGCCUUUUCUUCCAUAUCUGGCAGUGAUGUGCUAUUUGACAAAAUAUCAGACAUGAGCUUGCCCUCGUCGAUAUUGAACAUGCAUCUUAUACGAAAUGACCGUACGGGCGAACGAUAUAUCUUAGGAGGAACAGAUGAUGGUGGCAUUGCUAUCUGGGCAUUAGAAUCCCUAAAGCUUCAGGCGCGAUUUACUCCGUUUAUCGUACCUCUGACGCGUGUAGCGCAGGUGCUACAAUCCAAUGAAAAUGCAGGACCUUUACGGGGAUCGUUACUAUGCGUCUCAGCUGAUGGAACUAUUGCUGUAGUAUCGAUAGCAGGCUUCGAAAUGCUUUACCUCAUUCCUGGAGCAUCCUCUCCAAUAGCUCGCAUCUAUGCUGGUGGGGAUGACAACAACCGUGCAGUAUUAAUCUAUGCAGAUGGGAGUGCGCGUGUCUGGGAUAUUGAGUCUGGCGAGUUUCUUCGUGCUACGACCGAAGACAAAGCCAAAGAACUCGUCGAUGUUGGUGGCUGGAUUAACAUCUCCCUCGACAAGGCGGAGCUGACCUCAAUCUCCAUUUCAAUGCUUAGUGGAUCUGCUGGCCCUGUUUCAUUGUGCACCCUGUUGCUGAGUCUAGAUCGCUUUCUUAAGUACACUUCCGUAAACGUUAAGUCCUCGGGACUUGCAUUGUCAUCGUCAUCACUAUCAUCUUCCCCUUCAAACGCUACACUUUUACAGCUUCGUGCUGUAUUGUCCGUGUUACUGACGCCCGGACUCAGUCCUGACAUAGACGAAAUCUGCGAAAAUAGGCUUGGCACCAGCCCAUCACCGAGCACGGUAGGAUUUGCAUCUGCACUUGCCACCACCAUUUACCACCAUGAUCACCCUGUUCAAGUUUGGUCAAUGUCAGCAAAAGUUUCUGCCGAUCGCGUCCUUGCGAUCGUCUCAGUCUUGAGGACUUUGUCACUUGCCGAAGAGCUGUCGCACGACUGCCAGACAGUCAUAACAUUCUACUCUACCUCCCUAGCCCACGUAGUAGGUGCAUCAUACCAAGCUCCGGAUGUCGCGUAUUUGGCUACCCAGUGGCUCAACUCCUCCAAUGACGUCCGACAAGCUGCAAAAACUCUUUUUGAUGCAGGGAUUGUGCGUCUUUCCGAUGAAGAGAGCAGUGCCCUUGUUGAUGCAUGGCAACACCAUCUGCCAUGCUUGCAGCCUUCCAUUGAAAAGGAAUCCGCGAAAUCUUCACUCGCUUUAUUCAUCUGCGGAUACAUGGCAGCUGAGAAAUACAGUCUAUUGUCCACCAGCUCACUCAUCGAUAUCUCCAAGUCCAUCGCGUUGUAUUUGCACGACGAAUCAUCCGCGUACCGUGGUUUAGCCAUUGACUUAUGCGCACGCGGAUUUCAGAUAUGGCAGCAUUACAUCGAUGCUAUGGCGAUGCUCCGCGCAUUAUACACUCUCGCUCCAAAUACACGCAAGGAAACUAUCCCAGCUCAAAACAUCGGGCCCCAAGCAAGAUCGGCAGUCUUGCAAAUCGCAUCGAGUAACACGCCUUUGUUCAUGACCACGCUUACGCUAGACAUCCUCAAUCCAAAGACGCUGGACCAGCGCAAGGCAGUUAUGCAACUGGUAGCGUUCAUGAUCAGGAAGAGACCCCUAAUUCUGUACCCAAAUCUCCCGAGGUUGAUGGAGGCCGUGGUCAAAUCACUAGAUCCUAAUUCCACAGCGAGCCGGGACGCCGUGCUUGAUAGUGCAACCGAGAUCAUCGGCCAUGUGGUGAAGACGUUCCCCACAGUCGACUUCCACAUGGCGACUCAACGUCUUGCCGUCGGAACGAGUGAAGGCGCUUUCAUCAUGUAUGAUCUAAAGACAGCAACGCAGCUGUAUGUUCUCGAAGGACAUAAACGGCGACCGGCGGCGUGUACAUUUUCACCUGACGGACGCCGCCUCGUGACUGUGUCCCUUGAAGAAGGCGUUGUGCUUGUCUGGAAAGUUGGCUCAAGCUUCACGAGUUUCUUUAAUCCUGGAGCUCCACCCAGGCAAGGUCAUGGUGGAUCUUUGCCUUUCAAGACACUCAAUUUCAAUGUUGGCGACGAAGCUAACAUGACUGUUGCGGGCACAUUGGAGUCGGUGAAGUUUGAAUGGCCGGCCGAACGUACCGUCCGCCUUCAUAUCCGAGAAAGCGUCCUAACGUUUAGUACCUGACCCACGGAAUGUCAUUGCCGCAUUGACAUUGUUGUAAUGUUACCGACUAUUCGCGAAAAUCAAGUAAAAGUUCGAACUCUCAAGCUGUCAGGUCGCAUGCGUCAGGCCUAAUUGCACACCAAUAAGGCUGAAGUGCAAUGGGUUUGAGCCCGCGCUGUACCAUCCUGAAGCGGAGGUCCUGGAUUAUUCGUGUGCGAUCAGUCAUCGGAGCAAUGAACUAGAAGUAGUACUGACUUGUAAGCGAGGUAAUGCCUCUGUGACGUUCAAUGGGGCGCCAGUGGGUUGCUUGCCGCUCCAGAAAAUCUCUGCUGAAGAUGCAGCACGGGGCCACACGAUAGGGUCGAGAUUAUCGGGACCUGACUGCUCACUCCACAAAAGUUGCUCGCCUGCGAAUUAGAAAGUGUCAUUUAGCAUUAUCUCGAAACUUUGUCGAGCGCGUUUACCUCCGAG